CAAUAAAGAUAGGCCCAACAGAGCAUCUAAAUCAAGCCCAAAUCCCCACCACCCUCCAGUCUUUGGUCUGAUCAGUCACAACUCACAGCACACGCUAUAACACAGAACUUCAGCCUAUGCACAUUGUAAGGGGGUCAACUGCAAGGCACCACACGCACACAGCCAUGGAAGCUCCGCUCGGAGCUCGACUAACCCUUGCUCUCUCCAUUUUCGCAUUUCUCUCACUUCUUACCACGGCCUUCUCUCAACAGAUCCAAAUCCUCAACGCCGAGCGCAGAGUUGAUCUGACUUCACAUAUUGUUAGGGUUUUCUUGACUUUGAAGGUUGAGAAUACUGGAACAGCUCCUGCCACUGAAAUCCUUCUUGCUUUCCCACCUACUCAAGUUGACCAUCUAGCAGUUGUCAAAGCACAAGCUGCUACGGGAAAGCGGAAGAAGCAAACUUAUGUGCCUCUUGAUGUAAAGCCAACAGAGUUACCUGAUGCACCAAAUGGAACUAAAUAUUUUAUUAUAUCUUUGCUCAGUCCAUUAAAUUCAGGUGAAACUGCAACCCUGGAAGUGCUUUACAUUUUAACACAUUCUUUGGAACCUUUUCCAGCUGAGAUAAGCCAAUCAGAACCACAGUUGGUUUAUUACCAUGAUAGUGCUAUAAUAUUGUCACCGUACCAUAUUAAGCAGCAAACAACUUUUAUUAAGACACCAACUGCAAAAGUGGAAUCAUUCACAAGAGUGGAACCCACUAACCGUGUCAGUACAGAGCUAAAGUAUGGGCCAUAUGAAGAUCGCCCUCCAUAUUCAUUUUCUCCAAUAAUUGUUCAUUUUGAGAAUAACAAUCCAUUUGCUGUUGUUGAGGAGAUUGUACGGGAAGUGGAAAUUUCUCACUGGGGCAACCUUCAGAUAACAGAACACUACAAGUUGGUUCAUACUGGUGCUCGACACAAAGGCGUGUUUUCAAGGGUUGAUUAUCAAUCUAGGCCAUCUUUUAGUGGCGUAUCUUCAUUCAAACACCUCCUGGCAAGAUUACCACCUAGGGUGCAUUCUGUCUAUUAUCGAGAUGAAAUAGGGAACAUUUCAUCAUCUCAUUUACGUACAGAUAAUCGAAAGUCAGAACUUGAAAUUGAACCGCGAUAUCCUUUAUUUGGAGGUUGGAAAGCUACUUUUGUCAUUGGGUAUGGGCUACCAUUGCAAGAUUUCCUUUUUGAGUCUUCAGAUGGCAAGCGUUACCUCAACUUCAGCUUUGGCUGUCCUCUUGCAGAGACCAGUGUGGACAAGUUGACCAUCAAAGUUGUUCUGCCAGAGGGAUCCAAAGACCCUUCAGCUGUGGUUCCCUUUUCAGUAGAGCAACGCUUGGAGACCAAAUAUUCAUACCUUGACGUUGUUGGGAGGACUGUGCUGGUUCUGGAAAAGAAAAAUUUAGUUCCUGAGCAUAACUCUCCUUUCCAGGUUUAUUACACUUUCAACCAAAUCUUCAUGCUAGCAGAACCAUUGAUGUUGGUAUCUGCAUUUUUCUUCUUUUUUGUGGCUUGUGUAGCUUACUUACACAUUGAUCUUUCCAUACGCAAGUGACAAACCCUAAACUGCCCCUACCCAAAACGCAUUUUAUCAAAGGAAUGAUUUUGUGAUUUAUUAGCAAUGGAUUAGAUCUGUAAUCUGGAGCUCAGAAUGGUGUAAUUUUAACUUGGUUAACUCCAGAGACUGAGAAAGGUCAGAACUUCGGAUGACCAUUUUUCAGAUAGUUAUAAAAUUUUGACAUGUUCUCUAGUGAAAA